AUGAAGGCCGUUUCUGAGCAGCAGAGGGCGCCGGGGAGGCGGGGGGCUGUCCCUGCGUCUCUGUCUCGGCUCCCGUUCAGCAGAAAUCGAGGGGAAGUCUUUUCGGUGCUACGCUUCGCGUCUGCGUUGAAUGUUUUUUGUCUUUUCUUGUCUCUCUUGGCCUCCUCCCCCCUCCCCACGCCGCCCGCAGCGCGCUCGUCUGGGUCGCGGGCAGCCUCGCACUCCGCUCUGCCCUGGUCGUUGAGCGCGCCGUUGCUCGGCGCGGAGGCGAGCUCCGGGCCUCCGAAUUUCCCCAGCGAUGAGGAAGGAGAGCUCUCGAAGCUUCUCGCGGGUUUGGAAGCCCUUAAAACAGAGGGCGAGGUGAACGGCACUGCGCCGGCAGACCCGCCUGCGAAGGACGCGGCGACUGCGCCCGCGACACCUGACGCCGCAGGAGAUAGUCAACAGGAAGGAAAGGACUGCUGCAAAGGCAAAACGGUACGCGAUGAUUCCGGUUCCGAGGGCGCGGUUGCCGCUGGCGGCACGGGGAGCAAAGAUUCCCCCUCCGACGCGGGGGUCGACGCAGCCGCAAGAGGCAGGAAGAGGCGGAGACUCCAGCGCGCGCUGAGGCGUAAGGAAGGAUGCUGCGGAGGGGAGAAGGGCGGCGAGCAAUCCAAGGGUGAAGAGAAGGAAGAGGGCUGCUGUGGGGCCAAGAACAGGGCGAAAGUCGCGGCCGAGGCCGCAGGCGGCGGGGGCUGCUGUGGCGGAGGCGGAAAGGACGCGAGCGUCGCGGGCGCAGCCGGCGCGAAAUCAAUGAAGGCGAAGGCGUGCUGCACGGGCGAAAUGCAGGAGGAGCAAGGGGACGCGGCCGGCGGACACGUUGCUGCCAAAGGCCACAAGUCGUCCUGCUGCGGCGUCAUGCCCAUGUCUUUCCAGAACUCGUAUCACACUGUUAUUCUCUUCCACAGCUGGGAGACCCUCGAAAAAUGGCAAUACGUGCUGUCGAUUCUGGCCUGCAUUGUCCUUGGGAUGAUCUCGGUUAUUUUGAAGGUUGUUCGCCUGCGAGUUGAGUUCGUCCUCGUUCAGCGGGACCGGGCAGCCGAAGACAGGGCCGCGUCGGAGGGCGCGGCGAAGGGCUCUAGUCUGCCCUCUGCCUCAGUCAGGCAUCGCCUCUGCAUGGGCUUCCCCAUCAAGCAAAACGCGUACCGCAUGGUGGAGGCGUUCAUCAUUUACGGCUACGACUACCUACUCAUGCUGAUUGUCAUGACGUACAACGUUGGCCUGUUCUUCGCUGUCACCGGUGGUCUCGCGCUCGGCUUCUUUUUCUUCGGGCACAUGCUUCGCCUCAAGGCGGAAGACGGGGGACACGAGCUGGACGGCGAGGGCGGCGGCCACAGACGGCAAGGCAUGUCGGAGGACUACCGCGGCGACCCCUGCUGCUGUGGCACGUAA